ACAGCCUAUUCACAACUAGCGUGCUGCGUUCACGGCUCUGUAACUGUUGAAACUCUGCGGUCCCGUUGCUUCUCACAGUUUCAGUUUUGCCUUUUUUGCAGAAUAAAUUCCCGCUGUGAAGCUGUGAUGGACCGCUGGAAGGGCAGAGUGGCUUUGGUGACCGGAGCUUCUGUCGGAAUCGGAGCAGCUAUCGCUAAAGAGCUGGUCCGGUUCGGCAUGAAAGUGGUGGGCUGCGCACGGGACGUAGAUAAAAUAAAGAAUCUGGCUACAGAGUGUCAGAGCUCAGGCUACAGUGGUGUGUUGAUUCCUUUCAAAUGUGACCUGUCCAACGUGGAGGAGAUCCAGUCCAUGUUCACAGCCAUAAAGAAUGAGCACAAAGGCGUGGAUGUGUGCAUCAACAACGCCGGCGUGGCUCACCCUGAGCCUCUACUGAGCGGCAAGACCAGUGCCUGGAAGAACAUGCUUGAUGUUAAUAUUGUUGCUCUGAGCAUCUGCACAAGAGAAGCAUAUCAGUCAAUGAAGGAGAGGAAUAUUGAUGAUGGGCACAUAAUCAACAUAAACAGCAUGUCUGGCCAUCGCAUUACGUUCAAUGCUGAUGUUCACUUCUACACGGCAACCAAGUUUGCUGUGACCGCCCUGACUGAGGGCCUCAGGCAGGAGCUGCGAGAGGCCAAGAGCCACAUUAGAGCCACAGGCAUUUCUCCAGGUUUAGUGGAGACAGAAUUUGCUCCACGCCUCUAUAGUCAAAAUCCAGAGAAAGCAGCUUCAGCUUACUCCCAUUACAAGGCUCUUGAAGCAAUAGAUGUUGCCAAUGCCGUCAUAUACGCCUUAAGUGCUCCGCCACAUGUGCAGAUUGGAGACGUUCAGAUGCGACCUGUUGAGCAAGUACCAUAGAGCUGUAAAACAUAAAGUGCAGAACCCAUACGCUAAUGCAGGAUUCCUCAGUUCAGGCCCUCGAGGGCCUGUGUGCUGCAUCUUUUAGAUGUGGCUCUUCUUAGGCUCACCUGAAUCAAAUAAUGAUGUCAAAUCAUGUCAGUAGCAGCACUUUAGAGAACUUGAUUGCACACUGAAGUUAUUCAAACUCUUGGUUCAGGUGUGGAAGCAGAGACUUAUCUAAAAAGAACAUCAGACUCUGAGGGCAGGAAUUGAGGAACCUUGCACCAACGCUUCACUUGAUCUGUUCACCAUAUCAUUGAAAUCUCUAAGCAACAAAUAAAAAUCUGAUC